AUGUCCACGCAGCCACAAAUUCAGAACGCACAUCACAUGAACGACGCCUCCAAACACGACUCAGGUUUCAUCAUCGUCUUCAAUAAGCCUCUCUCACGUACGGAUUUCAAACGAAAGCUCAAAGACGCUUAAGGCUCAUCACCGAAUUGGUUCAUCCUCGAAAUCAAAAUUACUGAAGGAUCGUUCUUGCACACGAAAUCAAGGGAUCAAGAGGAGAAGAGAGACCUACCGGAUUCAAGUUCGGCGCGGUGGCUCAGUUCAGAGGGUGGUUGUUGCUUCGUUCGGAGGUUUGGGAGGGAGAGUGGAGUUAUAUGGGAUGGUUAGAGAGGGUGCAACUUGAAGUUUGUUUUUUUGAGGUCCGAAUGGAGGUGUCAGUGUUGAGGUUCAGAGUUGGUUAAGGGUUCUGUUAGUGAUCCCCGAAGUUGUUAGGAGAGGGUGCUGUUGAAGAAGUGUCGUCAAGGUUGGUUUGAGGGUUAUGCCAUUUUUUGUAGGUUCUGAAGUUCAGUUUUGAGGGAGUUCUUGGUUGAAGUUUUCUGCAGAAUCCCUUGAGGGUUGUUGGAGUGUGUUUUAAUUUGGUUAGAGGUGUUAGAUAGAGGUUGACAUUCAGUUAGAAAGGGUGGUGGAAUUCAGUUCUGAAUUGGGGAGGUUUGUUGAGGUUUCGUUCCAGUUAUCGCUUGUUAGAGUUAUUGAGGGAACCAGUUAUGCAGUUAGACUGGUUUUUUCUGUUAGAAUGUUUUUGUAGGGGAGUUAGAAGUUGUUAGAGGUAGAGUUGUCAAAUAAGCCCUAUAUUUAAAAGCGCCCUAUUAAAGCCCCAAUAUAUUAAGCCCCUUAUCAUUGAGAUUUAUUUUAGGCCCUUUAUAUAAUGCAUUUUUUUAGGCCCCAUUGAGGGGCCUUAUUUUAUUCCCAAAAUUUGGACGUUGAGUUUAUCACUCCAUUCAUGUUCUGUGCAAAACUUCCGCCACCGUCAACCAAUUACACCGCCGUCGACUUUUCUCUAUCACAGAAAUAAAGGUACUAGAUAUACAGUUCACCUAUUGAAGUACUCUGUGGAAUGGAAAAAUCGUCAUUUUUGGACCGAAUGAUUGGUCAUCUUCGGGGAACUUGCAAGUACUAUACUGGUUAUCCAAAGGAUCUUGGACCAUCACGGGUUGUUCAUUUCACCUCCGAGCGUGAGUUUGUCAAUCUCCUUCAUGAAGGGUUUCCCGUGGUUGUUGCUUUUACUAUCAGGGGGAAUUACACAGAACAUCUUGACAAAGUAUUAGAAGAAGCUGCUUCUGAGUUUUAUCCACAUGUAAAAUUUAUGCGUGUUGAGUGUCCAAAGUAUCCUGGGUUUUGUAUAAGUCGGCAGAAAAAGGAGUACCCAUUCAUGGAAAUAUUUCAUAGUCCAACACAUGUGGCUAACCAGGGUAGGGUAGCUGAUCCAAAUAUUACUAAAUACAAUGUGAAAGUCAUGCCAUUCAACUACGAUAUCAGUGUUUACGGGUUUAGAGAAAUCUUCAAGCGCUAUGGGAUCCGGGCAUCAGAUAUGAAGUAAGGCUCUAGUAGGAAGGUUUUAUCUUUCAAAUAAUAAGGAGCCACACCAGAUUAUACUACCUAUUUUAUCAAAUUGUAAUUAUAUAUCAUCAUAAGUUACAACUUCAGGCCAGUAGAUGGCAAAUUAUAAUUACCUGUUUUGUUGAUGUCUCAACCCUUAAAUAUAAUUUGGUUCAGUCCAGUCCUGGAAAUGUUCUCUUCAUUCCUUCA